AUGCCCUCCUCGUGGACCAGAAAGACGCUGCAGGAGUCGGCGUCCAUGCCUGCAGUGCGAGCAACGCUCACCCGUCCUGGGCCGCGGACACCGCAGAUCCCCUGCGAAAUAAGUCCCGGGGCCAACGUAGCCUCGCCGCAUACAGUGCUUCCUUCCGGCGGCACCAAAAACGGCCCACAGGGGCGGCGCAGCGCGCAAGCCGUCUAUGAAGCCAACGUGGCUUCGGAGAGCGACGACGACUACGAGGACAUGGCUCAUGUGGACGAGGCAGCCCGCCGGCUGUCCAAGAGGGGGUCGACCCUCUACGCAGUGCUGGAGCUGAAGAAGGGCGCCCCCGCUGAAGACGUCAAAAAGGCCUACAGGAGACUGGCCUUGCAGUAUCACCCUGACAAGAACCCAGGGAACCCUCAAGCGGCAGAAAUAUUCAAAGAGAUCAACACCGCCCACUCCGUGCUGAGUGACCCCAAGAAGCGGAAGAUCUAUGACCAGCACGGCUCCUUUGGAAUCUAUCUGUACGAUCACUUUGGGGAAGAAGGUGUACGCUACUACUACACAGUGAAUAGUUGUUGGUUCAAGGUGCUGACCCGGUGUGGGUGCCCUCUGCUGCCCAGUCCACUGGACACAUUGAAAGGAGGAGCAAGUAGCCCUGUCCUGACAUGA